AUGAUCCUUCGCAUGAUCUUUCUCAUAUUUCCCAAGGGAGCAGAUGGUAGACUGCAAAAAAUAAUGGCGGAGUCGGAUGAAUUAACCAUGGAUAAAGCGCUAGAGAAUGUUGCCCACAGGGUUCGGCAAAAGCCUAAUAUUCAGCAGUAUCGGCGAUCGUGGUCGGUGAGUCUCAUACAGUUGAAUCAUGGACGGGAAAGAGGUGAGAGGAGAAAGCAAGUUGUGUUGUUGUUAUUUUACAUGCGCUUGAAAUCCUAUGUGCCACCAAAACUUGAAAUUUUUGCCUUGCAAAGUUAAGCUUAAAUGUGAACUGUUCUUUGCAUUGUCACAAUCAGGAAAGGAAAAUCCGCAAAGCCUAAUCAUGUGUUUCGUGGGGCAUAUGGCAAACUGUCAAUACUUCCAUCGAUGUGUCAAGAUGGUGAGUAGGCACAAAUUGACACAUUGUUUUGUUUUGUUACUAUGACUGUGAAUUAAUUAUCAGAGACUUUUACUUCGAAAUUGUUGCUAGCAAAAUUGUUAAUAUCUCCGAAGAAUGUAAAUCCAUAAAAUAAUUAUAAAAGUACAUCAAUAACUGAAAUAAAUAGAUAGAUACAUAUAAAUAAAGAAGAUAAAAAUCAAAUAUUUUAGAAAAAAAUAUACAUGUAUGUGGCCAUGAAUGUACACGUAAUUUUCAAAAUGUAACAUUGGACACAAAAAGAACAGCAUUCAUUAUCCAGCUGAACAGUUUUUUUUUAAAGCAAUGUUAAAGGCAGCAAGAGAAGUAGACACACAGACGUUAUAUUGCUAGCUUACCUUCGUCUGCUGUUUUGUCUAUCAAAAAAUAGGAUUAAUAUGGUGACCCUUUCCUUGAACUCCAUUGUUAUUGUUUAUUUAAAGGAACUCCAGUUUUAGCCCUAACCGGUACUGCAGACAGCGAUACAGAGAAUACAGUUACUAGCGAACUGCUGAUGAGGAACCCAGUGAAACUGUUUGUAAGUCCAAACAGAGUUAAUUUAAGACUUUCGGUCCACAAGGUCCCUAGGUUAAAUAUGUUGAAGCAUCUUGAUUGGCUUGUGGAUAUGAUCAAGCAGCAUGGGAAGGAUACCCCCAAAACUAUUAUCUUCUGCGAUACACUAUAUUCUGUUGCAAGUGUCAUGAACUACAUGACGAUGACACUGGGAGAGGGUGCUUUUCAUCCAAGAAAUUCAAGGAAACAUGAACACUGUUUGUUGGGAAUAUUCCACUCCCUUUCACUCAAGGAAUACAAGGAAAGGUUGCUUCUUUCUUUUAACGGCCAAGGACUCAGACGAGUAGCUAUAGCUACAACAGCACUUAGUAUGGGUGUUAAUUUUCCUGAUGUCCGUUAUGUAGUGCACUUUGGCCCUGCAAGAAACCUUCUUGACUUUCAUCAGCAAGCAGGGCGAGCUGGAUGGGAUGGGAACCCAUCUGACAUUAUCGUGUUAUUUUAUGGGCGGCAGCUAUCUCACUGUGAGGAUGACAUCCGUUCUUUUUUAAAAAACUACUAA